UGACUUAGGCCCGGCCCAGCCGAGAAAGACACCUGGGGUGGCUCGCUGCAAAGGUCUUGCCUACCUUCAUCCCUACAAUCCACAAAGACCCCGACUUUCCUUUUUAUGCGAGCGAUCUCGGUUCAUGUUCCCCAGUCCCUGUGUUUUUUGUGUUCUCUUGUGCCAACCUUACACACCCCACGUCUCGGCCGCGAACUAGCUCUUGUGACGUCGAGGUUCGAAGGAACGCUCUCUUUCGUUGUGAAUUGCUAGACCCAUUGGAAUCUUGAAGAGAGAAAUCGAAACCAUCACAGUGGUAGCAGCCCCAUAAUGGCUUCAGAGACGAAGCCUCUCCUCGCAGAGGAACCCUCCAUCCCACUCGCGCCCUCAUCCGCACCCGAAUCCGCAUCCUCGUCCACACCCGCCCGUCGCUUUCCACAAGCGAUAGCCCACCGCGGCUUCAAGGCACUCUACCCCGAAAACACCCUCCUCGCCUUCCGUGGCGCCCUCGACGCCGGCGCGCACGCCCUCGAGACGGACCUGCACCUGACGCGCGACGGCGUCGUCGUGCUCUCGCACGACGGGAACCUGAAGCGCUGCUUUGGCGUCGACAGGAGGAUCAGCGAGUGCGAGUGGGACUACCUGCGGACGCUGCGCACAGUGCAGGAGCCUGGGGAGGGGAUGCCGCGGCUGGAGGACCUGUUGGCGUUCCUGGCGAAGGGGGGCGCAGGUAGAGAGCGGAUUUGGGUCUUGUUGGACAUCAAGACCGACGAUCCGCCGGUGGAACUGCUCGAACGCGUGGCCGAGGUCCUGGCCUCGACGCCGGGCCCCGUGCCAUGGGAGGAAAGGAUCGUCCUCGGCUGCUGGAACCAACCCUACAUUACCCACGUCCGCUCCAUCCUGCCCACCUACCCCGUCACCCUCAUCUCCUGGUCCCCGUUCUAUGCGCGCGGAUUUCUCUCCCCCGCCGAGCCGAACCUGUCCUUCAACAUGUUCCAAAAGUCGCUCGUCGGGCCCGCGGGCAAGCUCUUCAUACGCGACAUCCGGAAGGCUAACAGGCGGCUGUUCGUCUGGACCGUCAACGACGAGGAGUGGAUGGAGUGGAGCAUCCGUGCCGGCGCGGACGGCGUCAUCACGGAUGACCCGGAGCUGUUCCUCGAGGUGUGUCGACGGUGGGAGGGCAAGGAGACCGCUGCUGCUGCUGGACACAGAUCUGGGUCCGUUGUCGGCGACGUGGCGGCGGGGGAGGAGUCCAACGAUGCAAAGGCCGCGAGGAGGGCGGGCCGCGUCCGCGACGGCACCUGGAGGCGGACGCUGAAGUUGUAUCUCGAGAUCGUGGGUGUACAGGUCCUCGUGGCGGUCCUCACGCCGGUACUGAUGCUCGUCGCGCGGUUCGGCGUUGUCGCGCCGGGGCCGAGCACGACCAAGGCGUUGAGGUUGUGAGCGGGGCGGUGCGUGGAGGAUAGCGGGGGGGCUGCCGUGACGUACUAACUGCUGGGAAUGAUGGGCGUUGCGCAGAUGUUUGCCUCGUCGCAAGGGCUUGCAGAGCAUCCAGGACGAAGGGGGCAGAUUUUAGAUCAAGAAUACAAUACGCAAGAGAGACUGGGGGAGGGAGGUUCAACAUUCGGUGGGCAGAGGCUACAGAGAGCGCAGUGGCCAAGAUAUAUCUGCGAGACAUGUUAUUAGGGGGGAAAGACGCAGUGAGCAUACUCUAAACGAAGAAAGAGAGGGCUUCCAGACGAGAGGCUCCAUAUCCAGUUACAGAAUCAUUUCGAGAAUAUGACUCCGCU